GUCUGGUUUCUGGUGCCUCGGUUUUUUCCCAGCACAACGGACACCGGUGACCGACGACGAAAGCGGACUCGAUUGGCUUGUUCGUUUUGGAUUGGGCGUUAUAAGCGACUUGUCGUCUUGGACAAUGGGCGCCCCAGCCUUCGUACGACGUUGCAGGCGGCGUGUUCCGUAUGUUUGUGCUGUCGUCACAUCAAUAAUCAUCUCGGAUCCUGCCACUUGGCUAAGCCUGAGAGACUGUCCGACUCUGACAGUGUUUGGUAUCCGUAGUGUUGCUGGUUUGUUUUCGAACUUGUUGUCUCUGGGAUCCUCUGCAUUGACCGUGGAAAUUUGUUAUGUCUGGUACAAUCAAAGAGGGAAAUCAUGAACAACAAUAACAAGGCGGGGGGGAUGCCUUGAAAGUGAGGAAGUCACCAACAGUCGGUACGUGGAAGGUGAUCCAUCGGCGCGGAGGUAAUUACGAACGACGAGGAGGUGCACACAGUACGUACACGACGCAUCAUUGUGGGGAAAUAUGUUAGGAGAUGGUGCUCCUUCUCGAUCUUUGCCCAUUGUUCCUGCCCAUUUUCGAGUAUUUUCUGUGGGUUGUCACCAGACACCCACAUUGCCUUCACAC